AUGACCCACCGAACCUACAUCACACCUCGAGCGGGAAUGGACAACACCGCUUCAGCGGCCGUAGAUAGGAAACUGAACAUUGUCGAGCCGCUCUUUAUCCUCGGGCACAUAUCCCAGGCCCUAACCCAACACAUUAUCACCUACGUGGGCAUUGCCUCCUUUGUUGCUAUCGCAUUAGCCAAAUGCGCGACCGCCGGGUUCUUGCUAAAGACGCUCCACUCGGCGGAUCGGUCAUUACAACGGCUAGCCGCGAUGGAGAGCGGCAACCUAUACCGCUACCUCAUGCGUAGUACCGAGUUCCGACUCAUCACGCUGGCGCUCGUCGGCAUCGAGCGCGCCACAGAUACCAAUUUGGGCACCGACCAUAGUCUCACGACCUAUCGCAAUAUUGUUGCUGUGCAAGGUGUACUCACAGUCUGGGGGUAA